GAUAUGUUUCCGGAUGGAUCCGUAGGUAUAUAUGUGUGUAUGUAGGGCCUGUCAGCGCCGAGUUUUUGGUUGAUUGUUGGUUUUGCCUUUUUCUUGAUCAUAUCUGGAUCGGUUCAGCGCAUCUUGUGUGUGUGUCUGCGUGUGUCUCUAUAUCCACAUUCUCGUCUUUCCGGCAUUUCAAAGACAUUUUGUCUGAUAUUAUACUCCGUCUGCUGUCGGAUUUACAAACUACCAGUCUACUCUCCCUUACUCCUUCUCACCAUAUACCAUGAGACUCGCCCUUCUCAACAGCAUAUUCCUCGCUAUGUUACCCUUCCCGACCACAACAAUGGCAUCGCCAUCAACAUCCACUACACCACCACCCACCAAAUACGCCGUCGUCCUCUUCCCAGGCUUCCAAGCCCUGGACGUCUUCGGACCUCUCGACAUCCUCAACACCCUUUCCCGCACCCAUCCCCUCUCCCUAUCCCUCCUCGCUGCCACAAUGGACCCGGUCAGCACUAACACCUCCGACGCCUCCGCAUUCAGCGAAGCCAUCCUGCCAACGCACACCUUCGCCACUGCACCCUCAGACAUCGAAGUACUACUCGUGCCCGGCGGCAGCGGCACGCGCGACGCCGCCAACAUCGCGCCCGCAGUGCAGUUUGUCGCGGAUGUGUUUCCGCAGCUGCAGUAUCUGGUCACGGUGUGCACGGGCAGUGCGUUGGUAGCGAAGACGGGCGUGCUGAAUGGACGGCGCGCGACGACGAACAAAAAGGCCUGGACGUGGGCAACAUCGCAAGGCCCGGCAGUACACUGGGUCGCAAAGGCGCGCUGGGUGACGGACGGCAAGAUAUGGUCCUCGUCGGGCGUUGCGGCCGGGAUCGACGUGACGUAUGCGUUCGUGGCGGCAAUGUAUGGCGAUGACAUGGCGCAGGAGCUUGCGGAUGGAGUGGAGUAUGUGAGGAAUACUGAUGCGAGUAACGACCCGUUCGCGGAGCGUUGGGGCGUUGUGCAGCCGCAGCCACAGCCAGAAUAGGGUCGGCCUCUAGAAACACGUUUUCAAUAGGCCGAAAGGAAAUCGAUGACAGUUGUCCAAGUAGGUACCAUUGAAGGUAGGGAGAUGAGGAAAAGAGAGGAGUGAAACGCGGCCUGUCAUCGAUUUGGGUCGCCGCUGCCAUCCAUUCAACGUGAACCAAAGAAGGAGCGAUGGGCCCUGUUAGAUCGUUUCAUAUUUCGUAUUUCGUCAUCUCAAAUAUAUACAGUUCCACA